ACUUUCCGCGUUCCCCCGUGGCGGGCUCUGUGGUUCUGGAGGCUGAACUUUUAGUCGGGGCGGAGGCACAGUCGGCCAGCGGCAAGUGGGCUCCAUUAAAAUCUUACGAGGGAGUAAAACGUUGAGAUCCCUGUAUCCCUGUAUCCGGAUGUCAUUGAUCAGAGUGAACCGCUUUGGUCCCCGGGGAGGUGGAAGAAAAACUCUGAAAGUAAAGAAGAAAGCUGCAGUGAGGCAAGAAUGGGAUAAUACUGUGAAUGAUCUAACAGUUCACCGGGCAACUCCUGAAGAUCUAGUGCGCCGUCAUGAGAUGCACAAGUCAAAGAAUAGAGCAUUGGUGCACUGGGAACUUCAAGAAAAAGCUUUGAAGAGAAAAUGGAAGAAGCAGAAACCAGAAACUUCAAGUCUUGAAAAAAGAAAGUUAUCUAUCAUGAAGGAGAUUCUCUCUGAUCAAUACCUGACACAGGAUGUGCUGGAAAAGUCCGAUCAUCUGAUGGCUGCAGCCAAAGGUCUGUUUGCUGAUGUUCCUCGUAAGCGCACAGGGUUUCCAAAUGUAACAAGGGCUCCAGAUUCCUCACAGAGCCACACUGGAAUAAAUCAAGACCCUGUCACCCAGUCUAUCCUUAAUGAAUCAAUCAUAGAGCCUCAGGCUCUUAAUGAAGUCGACGAUGCAGGGGAGCAGAGCACUGCUCACAGCCAGUCAGAAGACAGCGAGAAUGAAUUGCCUAACUCCCUCAGCCAGCAUUCUAACAGGAGUACAGAGAGGUUUCUUCACCAACUAAAGGAAGAGAAUUCCGAGUUAAUCAAUCAACUGUGGACUGAUAUUCAGCAGAAAAUCGCUACCCAGUCACAAAGAACUCCUCCAGGAUCUCCGUCCUCGGAGCUUUCAGCCGAGGAUCAGAAAGCUGCUCUGAAUGCAACGGAUGCUGUCAAGAGAAUCCAGGCUGGGCCUCAGCCUGAGGAGGCUGCUGAGCCUGUAGACUUCAGCUCCAGCUACCUGGGACAGGUGCUAAACACAAGGAAGCAAAAGCCGCUGCUAGCUAAAGUGAAAAGAAAACAAGAUAUGCAUGCUGCCUCCAAGCAGAAGACAAACAUGCUGUCCUCCAGCACAGCCUCUGCAGACAGACCCAGUAGCACUGGCUCCAGCCUGGACGUUCUCAAACACGUGAUCCAUGAAGUGGAGCACGAGAUGGAAGAGUAUGAGCGGUGCACAGGGCGUGAGGUCACGGGGCUGCAGGGUGGUCAGGGACUCACAGGCUUCACCCUGUCCCUGGUGAGCUCUCUCUGCCGCCUGGUUCGGUACCUUAAAGAGAGUGAAAUCCAACUUCGGAAAGAAGUAGAGACAAGGCAGCAGCUGGAACAGAUGUUAGGUGAUCACCGAGAGCUCAUUGAUGCCCUGACAGCUGAAAUCCUCUCCCUCAGAGAAGAGAAUAGUACCAUGCAGGCGAGACUUCAGCAGUACAUGGUUACCACAGAUGAGCAGCUCAUAUCGCUCACACAUGCCAUUAAGAACUGUCCUGUGAUAAAUAACUCCAGACAAGAAAGUCAAGCACCAGAAAGGGCAGCUAUGGGUAGAAGACUUGUGGAUAAUGUAGAGGGUCCUGUUAUAAGCAGUAAUGGCUCCAUGCCAUUGAUGUUCAGAGGGGAAGAAGUGGUUGAAUUCCCACAGGAAGAGUUGCCUGUUAAACUAUCUCAGGGGCCAACCCCCACAGAAAACUUGAAUCUGGCCAAUAAUUUCCCAACCCAUAUUUUCGAGCCAGCUGUGAUGCUAACACCACCCAGGCAGAAGAGCAACUCAGAAUUCUCUCCUCUCCAGGAUGUUCUGAGGAGGACUGUUCAGACUCGUCCGGCCCCACGAAUUCCCCCCACUGUGGAAGUUAUAGAGAAGGAGCAGAACUGGGAAAAGAAGGCCCUGCCUAUUGAUCCAGACAUUCAGAACUCAAGUGAGGAAAACCGUCUCUUCACUCAGAGGUGGAGAGUCUCGCACAUGGGAGAAGACCUGGAGAACAAAGGGCAGCCAGCAUUUGUUAGCCUGUCACAGCCGCCUUGUAGUUCCCUUCCCAGCACUCAGCAGCCAAGAAACCCCGUGUUGUCAGAGGAGCCCACUGUGCUUGGAGAUGGGCAGCAGCUCAGAACAUCGGAGGCCCUGGUGCAGAGGAAGGACAUUAUGGCCCGGAUCGCCGAGCUCACACUGCAGAAUUCAGCCAUCAAGGCCCACCUGAACAAUAUUACCAGCUCAGGGGGAGAGCAAGGUGAUGGACUGCGGGAGCCACGCAAACAGGGAAGUGCCAGUGAAGUGUCUACUAAUUUCCCAGCAGUUCAGUCUUUAACGCCAAGUAGCAUGGAGGAGCGGAUUGCAGAGUUGAACCGACAGAGCAUGGAGGCGCGCAGCAAACUGCUCCAGCUGAUAGAGCAGCAGAAACUUGUGGGCUUGAACCUUUCCUCAUCACCGGUGUCACCCGUGGAGUCACCUCUCAGAGCGUGGGCCGAAGAAGGAAAGCGAACCAUCGAGGUGUCUGUUCCAGGAAUGGAGGCUUCAGAGAGUUCAAAAUGCAAUACUGUGUCUCCUGUCAGUGGGAACAGUUCAAGAAGAUCGUCAGGGGCGAUCAGCAAUUCUUGUUCUCCACUAAACGCCACCUCAGGAAGUGGGAAGUUCACACCAGUUAAUCCAAGAACAAAGACUGAAAAAAAAAAUGAAGAAGGUUGGUUUGCUCUCUCUGCCCACAUACCGUAAGUGAAGCCCCAGCAGAGAGUGUCCUCAGUGACUUAUUCCUGGCCUUUCCUUCGCACUUCACAGAUUCCAUUUCAAGUUAAUAACAUUUUUCUUCAGAUAAAACCUGCAUAGGUAUCCUGUAUUUAUGGAAACAGAAAAAAGAAUUAUUUUAAUAUUUUACCUUUUCAAAUGUUUUUUCAACAAAGCACCUCUAAUUCCCUGUGAGUAAAGCUUUGCAGGAGUUUAAGUUUUAUAUUUGUUUAGCCUUGUUAAAUGCAUUAGUGAUACAUUGUUACUUUUGUCAUUUUGGUUGAAUGUUUGUUUGUUAUUUAGUGCAUCUUAAAUGCAAUCACCUUCCCACAAGAACUAAUUGGCUUUAUGUAUAACUUAAAAUAAAGUUGUUCUGGCUUUCAGAAAAACGUGAUACUUUUUUUUUCUAUUAUCCAUCAUUUCAAAUUGAAUGUACAGCUUUAAGAAAACUAAAGGCUGGGGCUGUGGUGCACACCUAUAAUCUUAAUGUUGACUUAGAAGCCGGAGGCAAGGGCUGUGUAGUAUAUAAUGAGUUCCACACCAGUCUGAGCUCCGUAGAGAACCCUGUCUCAACAAAAGAACGGGAAGUGGGUGGAGGAAUGUCUAUUUUCUUUAAGCACGUAAAAGUAGCUAUGUGUUUAAUAAAAAUCUUAUGGAGUUUUUAAGUGUGAAAAUUUCAAAAUGAUAAUGCCCAUCUAGUAAGUAAUGAUUGUUGGGGUCCAGUAGUUGCCCCACAAACCACACAGUCACUGCCCUCAGUCAGACAGGAAUGGUUAAUUGAACGCACACCCUGAAACUGAUCAGUCAAGGCCAUAGCUUAGAGUUCAGGGCUGAGGCUAUGACCCUGAGCAUCUUUCUCUGUCAGCUUAUUAAGGCUAAAACUGUAAAAACCACAGUGAGCUCAUAUGCAGGAGCAGAAAGUGCUGCCCAGUAGGCUGACUCAAGCCAUUUCAGAUCUAACAGUUCAUACUGACCUUUAAUUUGAUGGGUCCUACCUAAAGCUUUGUGGCAUUUCUUAAGAUAAACAAACCUCAGAACAUAGGAAACAUAACAGGGUAUGUGGUCAGCAUGAACCUGCUCUGAGUCAAUUAUUUUUCUGUGUCAGUAACUGGCAAGCAUAUUAUAGCAACGAUAUGAAGUUGUUGGCAGGCAUGGAACAAAAUGGCUACAGCUAUCCUGGGGGUUGGGCCGGCCUCAACAAUGGUAAUGACCAUUUUGUUCAAAUGUCUAAAUGCAGUACACUGAUUUUAUGAUUAUGUUAGAAACUUAGAAAAAGAAAUAUAAAAAACUGUUAGUCAUUUCCUUGCCCUAACUUACCUAAAAUGGAUUGUCUUUCAUGUACUGACUGUUUCUCAAAUGUUGGCUUCUGUUUUCAGUUUGUCUCAGUGAUAACUGCCAUGCUAUGUUAGUAAUUUUCAACUUGAGUGAGUUGGGAGGGGGAAAGGGUCACACUGAAGCUCCCCUGACUCAGCGCUCCCCUCCCCUCCCCUCCCUGGGCUUCUAAAUUACAGCAAAAAGUAAAAUGAUUUUCUUCUGGCACUGGUGAAGUUGUGUGGAGUCUGUAUUUGUUUUACGUCUUGCAGAUGUCGUCCCCUCGUCCUGUACAUUUUGUAAGUUGUUUAAUAAAGACUGUCUGGUGGCUUGAA